GAAUUGUCGUAGCUGUACAGUUCUCAAUGUCGGUGAUCAAGGCGUAUAGCCCAAAGUGGGAUUACUUAUAGCUCGAUGGACAUCGCAGCCCAUCCAGACCUUAACCUCUUGUUAUUUUCUCAGGACCUCUCCAAAAUCUUCAAUAUGGUCAACCCGGUCGGUAGGCUCUGGGGGGCCUCAGUUCUCCUACUGCCAUUUUUCAGCACAGUACAUGGCAGCACAUUACCACCAACGGCUCACCAAGAAACCCAUUCCUGUACCAACAAGGCUCAGAUGCAAAACUUUGACUCAAUCGGAGCCUGGUUCGACGACGUCGCAAAGCUCAACUGCACCUCAAUCUCCAAAGCCCACAAUGCCUCCAUCGCCAUUGUCGGAGGCGGGGUGUCUGGACUCACCACCGCUCUUAUGCUAGACAGCGUAGGUCUUCACAACUGGGAGAUCAUCGAAGCUAGCGACAGAGUCGGCGGGCGUUUCAGAACCAAGUUCGUCGGUGGUACGCAGGAGUUUGCUGAGAUGGGCCCGAUGAGGUUGCCGUAUACCGUUACUUACAAGAGCGAUAACUCUACACAUGAGUAUACGGAGCAUCGGUUGACUUUCCAAUUGGCUGAGACUCUUAACGAGAUGAAUGGCAAUGACUCAAAGUGGAAAAUUGACUUUAUUCCUUGGAUUCAACAUCAUCCUAAUGAGCUUAUUGCUUGGGGAACUGGUCGCCAUCCGGAUGGCAGAAUCCCAACAAGAGCGGACAUUAUUGUAAACUCAAGCCUCGCGAGACCGCCAGCUAUGGUAUCAGCCGAGUACAACGAGACCAAGCAUCGCAUGAACGAGAUCCUCAAAAACGAGACUAUGCUCAAAGCAAUUCAAGCCGAUGUCUGGCGCUCCCACAAGCUCGUCAUGAACCAGGGCUACGACGACUGGAGUGAGCAGUGCAUGAUGAGGGAAUCUUUCCAUGCCAGUGAGAACGUCACAGAUGCUAUUUGGACAGCAUCUGACUAUGAUGUCCUCUGGGAUGAAAUGGUGCACAACUCGAAUCUUGCACUAGAUGGGACUAAAGACUCGUUGGGCGAGACGGAGUGGAAGUGCGUUGAUGGAGGAUUUAAUCGACUCACGGAUGCCUUCAUCCCUCAUGUUUCCGACCGAUUAGUUCUCAAUCGCAAGAUCAAAAAGCUUGAGUCUAUUAAGGGCGAAGAUGGUCAAACUCGAACAAGACUCUCAUGGUACCCCAGCGUCAAGAACCGAACGUUUGAGUCUAAGGAAUAUGACUACACAAUCAUGGCAGUUCCAUUCACAAUGACCCGCUUCAUGAACCUCCCCUCAUUCUCAUCCGUCCUCGGCCGCGCAAUCAGUGAAGCAGGGGUUCGCUUCAAAUCCGCCUGCAAAGUCUCCCUCCUCUUCUCCGAGCGUUUCUGGGAGAAGGGUGAACGAGCUAUCUUUGGCGGAUACUCUGUACCUGAGAGCAGACCCAUCGGCGCUUUAUACUAUCCUGUCUACGGCUUGAAUGAGUCCCGACCUGGGCUUAUAACACACUAUCGUGGUGGAGACUGGAGUGAUCGAUAUGUUAGUUUUUCUGAUGAAGAGCACGUCCAAGCUGUUCUCGACGCAAUCGUGAGUCUUCACGGGGAACAAGCGCGCGAGCUUUACACUGGAGAUUAUGAGAGAUUGUGCUGGUUACAAGAUGAACAUACCGCAACGUCGUGGUGUCGCCCUGAUGUUGAGCAGCAUAACCUCUACAUCCCAGCGUAUCAUCAGACUGAACAUAACACUAUUUUUAUCGGUGAGCACACUGCGCCGACUCAAGCUUGGAUUAGCUCAGCUAUAUUUUCCGCGGCUAGGGGUACUAUUCAGCUGUUGCUAGAGCUUGGGAUGGUGGAAGAAGCGAAGGAGAUCAAUCGACGCUGGAUGGGCAGAUGGAUUAGGGACGAAAAGUGAG